GCUGUUUAUCAUUGCCUGUGUAUUUGGAUACCAGCCCAUAAUAAUCAACUGUCAACGUGGGAGCCGCAGAACAUUAUGCCGAGGGCAGUAGUUUUUAAACGUUGUUGCUGGGAAACUGCUGGAGAAUGCAUAUCUACUUCGACAGCGAAUCAGAGAAACGUAAACCGGUGCACGGAUGGAAUACCGUCGAUGCACUGGUCGACGGACGAUUGCAGCACGGCAUGGUCAUUGACGCCGUUGAAGACGGCUUGAUCAUCAAUUUUGAAUGCUCUCAACAACGCGGACGAUUUGUUGAAUACGGGCUGAUUUUUGACUGUUCCGAUGCCGUGAAAUCAGAAGAGCACAUCAUCGCCUGCUGCAUGGACAGUGGUUUGGCUGCCACGGCUGAUGUGCAGGCGCUGAUACGCUCGCAUCCCGAUCGACCGUGGAUCUGGUAUCCCGCCCAAUUUCUGCCGUUUCAGUGGGCUCAUGAUAAUUGGCAAUCCGGUUAUGUUGAAGUGGAGCUAGAGAACGACAUUGUGAGGGAACUUCUUCCAGCCGCGCAGAUACGUGCACGAUUUUCUCUGUGCGAUCUCGCAGCGAGAGCGAUCGCGAAAGGCCACUUUGUCACCCGAUCAUGUCGUGUACCGGACAGUUACUGGUCGACGAUUACUCCCGUGUUAUCUGAUGCUCUGUGUCGAGGUUUGGAGAACAGGGACAAAGUGUUUUGUACCCACGUUGCUGGUGAAGGCCUUAUUUAUGUACAACGCUGUACGGAUUACCCGCUCACUCCUGAAUCAUUGGAGCGCACUUAUCAAUCCAGAAGCGCGUACAUCGCAUACAGCCAGUCUUCUAACAGCCAGUGGAUUCGCCGGCAGGUCGAAAAGCUCAAACCACCAAAGAAACGUCAAACCCGACGGAAACCUAUUACGAAAAAGCCUUUGUCUCUGCCGGCGGAGCUUCUUACCGAAGUUUUUCAUUCACUGAACACGGUAAACCGGACACGGUGUCGGCGUACAUGUCGAACAUGGAAUGCCAUCCUUACUGCUGAUGGUUAUUUUACGGAUAUCUGAAUGUCCUUUGAUCAGCAAACUAACGAAUUGUUCACGUUGGCCAACUGUUUAUUGAAAUCUCCAAAGAACAACCGUGCGGACGCUGAUUAUUUCCAAUGUCGGCCCCUACGAUUUCGAGCCGCCCCUUAUGACAGAUAUGGGGAAUAUUAUUCGACAAGGUCUUGGUGGCUUUAAAAGACUGAUUUUUGCCGACUCUGAUUUGUGGAUGGGAAAUGACGAGAAAAACCAGUUGACUCGCCUGGCUACGGCAUUCCCGUGUGAACGCUGAUUUUUAAAAAGUGUAAACUGUUUUAUCACAAAGUGUUUUUGCUUGCCAAUAUUUCACGGGGAGCCAUUAAUGUGCGCAUGGCGGAUGCGGCAUCACAAGUGUGGGACAUGUUUGAAAACAAUCUGCAACUACGAGAUUUUGAUGGAUGUCGUCUUGCGAUUGAACCAAACAGGGAAGCGCUGACGGCGUGGUUAAGACCGCAAAAAGGGCAUAUGAAGAAUUACGUUGUCAGAGUAAGAAAGCUCUGUCAAUUUUUUUAACAAAUUACUGCAUGGUUCCAAAACGGUCCCGAAACCAGUUAUUUGUCUCGUAUUGUAAGGGCGGGACGCCCCGCCCUCCUGAGUAGCUAUUCGCUGUUUCUGGGGAUUUCCACCCCGCACAUUGCUGCGCUGUUUUGACGGACCUGCAGCACAGUUGCACUGGCUGCAGGAUCCUUCCUCAUUAGUCUGGUGUUGCUGCGCCACGGUGCGCAUUAGAUUCGGCAAUAAAGCCUC